AUGGGCAAUCUCAAGCCCAAAACGGGAGUUUCUCAGAACACGCGUCCCCGUUCUGUCAAAUCAAACAAGCAACCUAUCGCGACCGUCUCUGAGGUCAACGAUAAUAUUGACGAAAAGUACGCUAUGGACGACCUGCAGGAAGACAUCGAGCACGGUGUUGCCCACCCCGUCAGCGCCAUGGCUGAGCUCGAGGAACGCGUCAAUGACCUCGACAAUGCUUGGGAGUCCGAGUCGCUGCUUGCUGACAUGCUCGAGGGCCUCUCUGAUGAGAACAUUACUGACGACCCUGAGUAUUGUACCCCAGAGGAAGCCGUUAGUUACCGUCAGCUUCUUCGCACCUUGGGGCCAGAAGAGCUCAUCAACCGCACAAUCAGCGCUGGCCUCAUCACCGCCAAGAAGCUUCUCAGUGCCUUUGAUGUGCGGCCACCAGGUCUCGAGGGCCAGCCUGACUCGGUCUACUUCGACCUCUUGAUACUUGCCUUCAGCCGCGAGCUCUCGAAGAGAGCCAAGCUGCAGCAGUACAACACUGUCGAUGAUGCUGUCGCCCUUCUCAAGAAGUCUAAGAACAUCAUCGUCCUCACUGGCGCUGGCAUUUCUACCUCACUGGGAAUCCCAGAUUUCCGUUCCAAAGGCACUGGUCUCUAUUCCAAGCUAGAGCACCUCGGCCUGAACGACCCCCAAGAAGUCUUUGACAUCAGUCUCUUCAAAGAAGACCCAAGCAUCUUCUUCUCUGUGGCUCGGGACAUCAUGGUUGAGACUGAGCGGUUCUCACCGACGCACGCCUUCAUCGCGCUACUUCAAAAACACGGGAAGCUACUCACCAACUACUCUCAAAACAUCGACAAUCUCGAGUCCAAGGCAGGCAUUCACCCCAGCAAACUCAUCCAAUGCCACGGCUCCUUCGCAACCGCAACAUGCUUCACCUGCUACUACCAAGUGCCAGGCGACGAAAUACUUGGUGACAUCAAGGCUGGUAAAAUCCCCAGAUGCCCCAAGUGUGGCAUCCCCCGCCGCGGCACCAAGAACAGCCGCAAGCGGAAGCUGGCCAAGGACGGCACCAGCAGCCGGCCGCGGCGGAGGCCUGGCGACUACGACAGCGCCAGCGACUCGGAGUACGACAUGCCGUCCAAGGGCGGCAUCAUGAAGCCUGACAUCACCUUCUUCGGCGAGGCGCUUCCGGACGAGUUCUCCAGCCGCCUGGUCGACCACGACCGCGACAAGACCGACCUGGUCGUCGUCAUCGGCACCAGCCUCAAGGUCGCCCCCGUCAGCGAGCUGGUCCCCUUCCUUUACCCGCACAUUCCGCAGAUCUACAUCAGUCGGACGCCCGUUAAUCACCACAACUUCGACAUUGACCUUCUUGGUGACUGCGACGUCGUCGUCGCCGAAUUGUGCCGUCGCGCCGGCUGGGACCUGGACCACGAGAUGGUCCCCAAGGAUCAGGUCGUCGACAUUGCCACCGAGUCGGGCUGGAAUAGCAGACAUAUCUUCACCGAAAGACGACCCGCCGGUGAUGAGAUCGACAAUGUCAAUACUGUACCACUAGAAGCAAAUGGGAGCGAGAACGCUACUCAUACUUCUACGCCCGCGCGCAGCGACGAAGACCACGCUGGUGACUCCAAGAGCAGCAGUAGCAACGAAGACGGUGGGAAGUCAACUCGGAGGCGAAGAAAGGCGAGGACGGCACUGCCCACGCAGGCACCCAGCAACUUGACUCCUUCGAACCCGGGCCCCAGCCUCGCCAGCAGAACCCGCAAGAGUCGAGCCACUGAAGAGGACGAGGCCGAAUACACCGGCAAUUGA